AUGAAUCGCAGGGAAUACGCCCGACGGGGGGCCACGGUGUACGCCACUGCGCGCCGAUUGGAGGCCAUGCGCGGGUUACAGGAGCAGGGAGUGACUGUAUUGAAGCUGGAUGUGACAAACGCGGAAGAUAUUCAGUGCCGCACCAACUUUUCUCUGCUCUAUCCCAAUACCCGACAGCGCGCAAUUGAGACAAUUAUGUUGGAAGCUCAAAUCACCUCCGUUUUCUCUGCUCUAUCCCAGCAUGCAGUUGAGACGAUCAUGAAGGAAGCUGGGCGAAUAGACGUUCUCAUCAACAAUGCUGCUGUGUUUGCCACGCGUCCCUUGGCCGACACUCCGCUUCCGGAUUGGCACGCGAUGUUCGAGACGAACCUGCUCGGCGUGGUUGCGAUGGCCCAGGCCGUGUUCCCGCACAUGGCUGAGAGGAAGCAGGGGCUUGUUGUAAACGUCUCCAGCUGCGCGGGUUACUGCCACCUGCCCAUGGCAGCAGCCUAUUCGGCGUCCAAGGCGGCGUUGAACGCAGCCACCAACUGCAUGCGCAUGGAGAUGAAGCCAUUCGGAGUGCAAGUCAUGCUGGCAGUUCCUGGAUUCAUCAAGACCAAGAUACACAGGUGA